AUGCGGCACUCCCAAUCGUGGAGGAGCGUGCUGCGACUUCUGCUUCUACUAGAACUCACAUUAUGCUUAGUAAACGCCAAACUCGAUUGCGACCCGUCGAGCGACACGAAGAAGCCCGACCCCGAGAACCCCGAGAGCUAUUUGUACUGUAACCUGGAGGGGACCUUUUCAAAGCGAAAAUGCCUCUCCGGGAAGCUCUUCAACGCCAAGAGCGGUCAGUGCGAGUCGAUUAUGAUGAACGACUCGCCGGACGAUAUUUUGUCACAGCCAUUCUUCCAGGCACCCGAUGAUCUUUGCGGAACUGGUAUUCCGUUGACGAUCCUUUCCGCACCGGUCGUUUGCAACCCAUCGAUUUCAAGCUGUCCUGAUGGCUACGUCUGCCGUAUGUACGAGAGAACCGGCACUUCUUAUUGCUGCCAGAAUCCGUCGCCGACAAUUGAAGACCAGGCUUCGUGCAGCAGCGAUCAAGUGACUUACAUUGAGCCAUCCAGCGGUAGGCCGAGGAGCUGUGUGCUUGGAGAUUCGGAUACUUGCCCGAUUGGCUUUGGAUGCAACCUGGUCGGUGGUACGACAACUCGAUGCUGCGGAAAAGAUUUUGGAUGCCCUUUUAAUGCCGCUGGCUUUAUCCACCCAUCAACUGGAGGGAUCGUCGAGUGCAAUCCUAAGAGUCCCAACUCCUGCCAAAACGGCUUCCAAUGCGCCCGGUCCUCCAAGUUCAACAAGUACAUCUGCUGCUCCGAGGCUGAUGGAGAUGUUAGGAGCACCCAAUGUCCCAACGGAGAUUUCCCACUAGCAAACCCAUCCAGAUGUUCGGCUAACGCUCCCUGCCCUGCCGGAUAUGUGUGCAGUGACGAGAAAUGUUGCCCCGCUUUUGGUGUCUGUCCGGCAGGACUUCCACUUGGUGGAGGAGUUACGGUAUGCAAUGAGAAUUUACCGUGCCAAGAUGGGUAUGAGUGCGUGACGACUGGAGGAGCCAAUUAUUGCUGUCCCAUGAAAGAAAAAGUUUGCACCGAGCCACGCCAUUCCGGAAAUCCUUGCGCCAACUCGCGGCCGGCGGUUACCCGCUAUUACUUUGACCAGAGCACCGGAUCUUGCCGGUCGUUCCAAUUCUCCCAAUGCGGCGGAAACUCGAACAACUUCAACUCGUUGGAGGAGUGCGAAGGUUAUUGCGUCGACACACAGUGCGAGAAUGGACAGCCUUACCGCGUCGGAGCCGUCAACGCCGCUUGCUCAAUGUCGUCGCUGAACACCUGCCCUCGUCAACACGUCUGCACCACCCCCUCAUUUGGACCAUCUCCAAUUUGCUGCCCAAUCCAAGAACUGACUUGCAAUGAAGUCGUCUCCGCUGGAACCCCAUGCUUCGGAAAGCAGAUGACGAUCCAACGUUUCUACUUCAACCCAUCCACCCGUAAAUGCCAGCCCUUCCAAUAUUAUGGUUGUAACGGCAACGGUAAUAACUUCAACUCCAUGGAUCAGUGUGCUGAUUUCUGUCUGAACGCCAUUGAUACCGCUUGUGGCGGAGUUGCUCCACUUGUCGACCCGAACAACCGAGCCCAGAAGUGCGACCGCGCUGUUGGAUGUCCUGAUGGCUACAACUGCAAUCCGGAAGGAUAUUGCUGCCCUGAGACUCGUACUUCCUGUGCUGCACCAAUGUCCCGUGGAAAUGUUUGCGCCGGAACUGCGCAGCGCACAAUGUGGUACUACGAUACCGCGCAACAAAAAUGCCGACAGUUCCUGUACAACGGAUGUGGUGGCUCUUCCAACCGCUUCACCUCUCAAGCCAUUUGCUCUUCCACUUGUCUCCAAGCCUCCACUGUCGGUCAGUGUCCCCGGGGAAUGACGGCCUUCGUCGAAACCGGUGAUAUCUCUCCGAAGUCUUGCACUUUGAAUGUACGCGGCACUUGCCCGGAUGGCACCUCAUGCGUCCGUUCCACCUCCAACGUCCCGAUAUGCUGCCAAACAGUGCACUCUUGCCCUGGUGGUCGCCAACCAUACAAUAUCCCUGGUUCUAACUCCGUUGUUGCCUGUAAUGCUGAAAGUGAUACCUGCCCUCGCGGUAAUGCAUGCAUGGAGAGCAGCACCAUUGCUGGAUUCCAUCUCUGCUGUACUGUUGGAUCCUCGAACACGAUCACCAUGCAACAGCGGCCUGGGAAGGGACAAGUCAAGAAUAACCGCCAACCUCGUCCUCAAGUCCCUGUUAGAGGCUCCGGCUCUUUGGCUUCGAUCUUGAAGGAGCCAACCUGCCCUACUGGUACCACCGGAAAUGGUCAAGCCUGUACGAUCAACGUCAUUGGAGGAUGUCCGUCGGGUCAUCUCUGCCUUCGACAGGAGGGUCAAGAACGCGGAACCUGCUGCAAACUGGCGAUGCCCAAAUGUGGCAAACACGGCUACCUCCCGGUGCUCUUGACAAGCAAGCAGGUUCAAAUCUGUGAUCAAGAAGAGUUCCGUUGCCCUUCUGAUGCGGAGUGCCAGAAUACAAACCAACCCGACGUGACAAUGUGCUGCGAGAAAUACGAAGGACGCAACAGGUCCGGGAAGAAGGUCCCGGCCCAUCCUCGUGCUCCGACUCCACAGCCUGGCUCAUCAAACCAAUUCGGAAUUGUUGGCGCUCAAUCUAUCCAUGAAGCCAACGCCGGACGUUGCAGAAAUGGUGACCGUCCAUACAGAGAUGAAAUGGGAAUGGUACUCCAGUGCAAUGCUAUGAACGCUGCCGAGGGUCCAUGCCCUCAAGGUUUCAAGUGCGAGUUUUCAAACGCUGGAUUGGCUGUUUGCUGUGCUGAUCUUCAGUCGAUUCGCUGCCCGGCUCCUUCUACCCCUUAUGAGGUUGGAGGUCGACCUCUCGCCUGUCCCCCUGGAUCGACGAAAUGCCCCAACGGCUACACUUGCGUUCCCUCCGAAAAUCCGCUCCACCAUCUGUGCUGCUCGGAUGGAGGCCCAAGGACCCCAACAUGCGCUGCUGGAGUUGCCUACACUAGCCCAAUGACCAAGGAAAAGCAAUUCUGUUCUCCUCUUCGUGACUCUUGCCCAACUGGCUUCCACUGUCUGGAGAGUACGAUGCCUGGUCAAUUCAUCUGCUGCACCCAGGGUGACCUCGGCGAGAAGUUCCAAGGGUAUUGCCCACGCGGUCAGAUCCCGCAUGUCGACUGGUAUGGCCAGCCAUCUCCUUGCCAUAUGAGCCUGAAGCCCUGUCCAAACAAUGCUCCAUACGUCUGCAUAUAUUCGGCUGAAAAGCAAGACUCCUUCUGCUGUGCUCCACUUGAUUCGACAGCUCGUCAGUACCACCCGGCCAUCGCCCAGCCUGGCAUGCAGUUCAACAAAUUGCCUGCUCCGUCUAGUGGACUGAACAACUUCAACAAGGACGGCUUCAACAACAACAAUUUCGGAAACCAGAAUGGCUUCCAAGGACAGGGCAACAACCGCUUUAUCAAUCAGCCAGCCGGUCCCGCAGUUCCUAAUUACGGCAUUGCCGAUCUGGAACGCAAGGAGCUCGAGAAAGGACAACAAGUAGCCCGCCUCAUCAUGCAACAAAAGAUCCAACAGCAACAGCUUUUGCAAAAGAGGGUUAACGCCACCGUGAGCACGAGCACCAACGGUCCGAAUGGAUGGGAAGUGAUGGGUGUUACACCGGAAGAGGAGUACGAAAAGGCCCUUCAACUUGGAGAAAAGAUCGGUCGUCAGCUUCGUUUGAAUUCGCUAAGCGGAAACAGCGGAUGUCCUGCUGGUUCUCGAGCUCUUGUGGGAACUGAUCGAACUGUCGUGACUUGUGGAGAGACCCCCUGCCCAUCCGGGUUUGCCUGCUUGUUCGCCGAUGAGGUCAACCGCUGGCAAUGUUGCUCUACGUCUGCCCCGACAACACUUCCGACUCCCCCGCCAGAGGCCAACGGAACCGAGACGAAGACAGCCAUCAAGCAGUCAUCCCUGAAGGGUGCCUCAAACACCACCACAAUGCCUCCAGUUCUUUCAACUGAAUGCCCUCUCGGUUUCUACAACAUUGACGGAAAAUGCUUGAAGGUCCUGUAUGUCGGCCAAAAGGGAUGUAUCUCGGAUGACCAGUGCGGAUCAAAGGAACCAAAUGCUACAUGCGAUUCUGGCUACUGUAUCUGCCCGGCUGCGAAGCCUUUGGUCCACGAAUCAAAAUGCGUCGGCACCUGUCCGGAAGGAUUCAGCAAUAUCGCUGGACGUUGCUACGACCCAACUACCGUGAUCUUCAUGGAUUCUGUUGAUGAGCGUGCCAAUGGAACGAUUGGUGGAUAUUGUAUGGAUACAUUGGUUGAGGAGAAGAGAUGCUUGGUAAAGAACGCCUACUGCUCGGAGAAAACUGUCACUUGCACGUGCAAGCCCGGCUUCGAAUUGGACAUGGCGGACAAGCAAGGAAAAUGUGUGAAGCUGACCUCCACCAAAUUCCACGAGGAGCUGAUGAUGUCUGACGCCCCAGAACAAGUCCCGGAGCUUGAUCAGGAGCUGUACUUCAUUGAUAUUGCUCCCCAAGCUGAUGCCCCGGCUGCCGCGGAAGACCCAGCCCGCUAUCUCUUGCCCCAGACGGAAGACGCCGUGCCGACCGUCCUC